GUUAAUCCUGACAUUUCCAUUCAACUCUUAUAUUUAUAUUUUCCGACUUUUUCACAAAACUUUUUUUUCAAUUGUGCGCUUUCUGCGUGUCCGCGCUUUCCUGCGAAUGGCUGCCACCUGGUGUUUGGCAGCGCACCUCCGACCAGCUGAUAACAAAUGAGUUUUAUUUUUAAAUUUAUUGCCACUUUUGUACGCAAAAUGCUGGAGCUUUUGCAAUUUGGAGGAAAAACGCUAACCCACACGCUGAGUAUUUAUGUAAAAACGAACACGGGCAAAACGCUGACCGUUAAUCUAGAGCCCCAGUGGGAUAUUAAGAACGUUAAGGAACUUGUGGCCCCACAAUUGGGACUUCAGCCGGAUGAUCUAAAGAUCAUAUUUGCCGGUAAGGAACUAAGUGAUGCCACAACUAUAGAGCAAUGUGAUUUGGGUCAGCAAAGCAUUCUGCAUGCCAUUCGUUUGCGACCGCCCGUACAGCGCCAAAAAAUCCAGUCGGCCACUUUGGAGGAGGAGGAACCUUCGCUGAGUGAAGAAGCCUCCAAGCCGCUAAAUGAAACUCUGUUGGACUUGCAGCUUGAAAGCGAGGAGCGUUUAAAUAUAACCGAUGAAGAACGAGUCCGUGCCAAAGCGCAUUUCUUUGUGCAUUGUAGCCAAUGCGAUAAGCUGUGUAACGGAAAACUUCGUGUGCGCUGCGCUCUAUGCAAAGGAGGGGCAUUUACUGUCCAUCGUGAUCCUGAGUGUUGGGAUGAUGUCUUGAAGUCGCGUAGAAUUCCUGGUCAUUGUGAAAGUCUGGAGGUGGCCUGCGUGGACAACGAGGCUGGCGAUCCACCAUUCGCCGAGUUCUUCUUCAAGUGUGCGGAGCAUGUUUCCGGCGGGGAGAAGGACUUUGCAGCUCCCUUAAACCUUAUCAAAAAUAACAUCAAGGAUGUCCCUUGCCUGGCCUGCACAGAUGUGAGUGAUACCGUUUUGGUUUUCCCAUGCGCAUCGCAGCACGUCACCUGCAUCGACUGCUUCCGCCAUUAUUGCCGUUCCCGGUUGGGAGAGCGUCAGUUUAUGCCGCAUCCGGACUUCGGCUACACCUUGCCCUGUCCCGCAGGCUGCGAGCACUCGUUCAUCGAGGAGAUCCAUCACUUCAAGCUGCUGACACGCGAGGAGUACGAACGCUACCAGAGAUUCGCCACCGAGGAGUAUGUCCUACAGGCAGGUGGAGUACUCUGUCCCCAGCCAGGCUGCGGCAUGGGACUCUUGGUAGAGCCCGAUUGUCGCAAGGUGACCUGCCAGAACGGCUGUGGUUACGUGUUCUGCCGCAAUUGCCUGCAGGGAUACCAUAUCGGGGAGUGUCUGCCCGAGGGGACAGCCGCUAGUGCCCAAAACUCUUGCGAGUACACCGUGGACCCCAAUCGAGCUGCCGAGGCGCGAUGGGAGGAGGCCAGCAAUGUCACCAUCAAAGUCAGCACCAAACCCUGUCCAAAAUGCCGAACCCCUACGGAGCGAGAUGGCGGCUGUAUGCACAUGGUCUGCACACGCGCUGGCUGCGGAUUCGAGUGGUGCUGGGUCUGUCAGACUGAGUGGACACGCGACUGCAUGGGUGCCCACUGGUUCGGCUAGUCCUUCGUCAUCGUCGUAUGUCGGCCCGACGGGCUUCUUUUGUUGGUUGACUACUUUUAAAUUGUAUACCAUAGUAAAGACUGCUUAAGCAACACCCUG